GAAAAGAGUCUGAAAAAGAGAGGCAGAGAGAGAUAUAAUCAUUGUUGAGAGGCAGCAAUGGAGGAGUUGUUGGAAGACAGACGGUCAACCGCCAUGUCCACCGGCAACCCCUCCUCUCCCUCCACUCUCCGCUUCCUCGCCUUCUCCGCCCCACCCGAAUCCGACCCGCUCGAGCUCCACGAGAGCGACGUCGUCUGGUCCUUCUCCGUCUCCCCCGCCGCCGCUCCCCCUCCUCCGCCGCCGCAGCACCACCACCACCGCCGCCACAAUUUCAAUCCGGCGACCUCCGGCCUCUCCGCCGCCCUCUCCGACGACCACCGCCACCUCAUCCGCCGCAAAUCCACCGUGAUGCUCGCGCCGGCAUCGAGGAAGGAGGAGAUUCCCAAUCCUCCGUCGAGGCUCCACCAAUCGGCGCCGAUGAACGUGCCGCAGUGGCCGAAGGAGCUCCGCCGCAGAUGCGUGAACACCGAUUUCGACGGGAUCGACGAGGCGGAGGACAACGACGGCGGCGAUGACGAGGAGGAACAGGAGGAGGAGAUUGUGCCUCCGCACGUGAUCGUGGCGAGGUCGCACGUGACGUUCUCGGUGUUUGAAGGCGCCGGGAGGACGCUCAAGGGGCGCGAUCUGCGCCGCGUCCGCAACGCUGUGUUUCAGAAAACAGGUUUUAUCGAUUGAAAAUUGGGGGAAAAAUUGAACGAAAAUAAGCUAAAAUAAAUUAUUAGCUGCGAUUUUGACGAUGAAUUUCUGUUGUAAUUUGUAAUUUAUUUAUAUAUUAUGAAUGCUAUGAACAUGUUCGUGUUGGGGACACAA